CCAGACUGAAGUCGUGCUCAGCCCCCCUGCCUGCGGAAUUUCCUGACCCCCAAUGAGAGGAGGCGCGGACCCAGGUCUCCGGAGAGCCGAGGGCCAAGGGCACUGAGUCAGCGCGUCGCCCCGUCACCUCUGUCCCCGAAGACACCUGUACCCUCCAUGCGGAGCCAAGAUGGGGAACAGAAGCGAGGAAGAUUAUAACUUUGUCUUCAAGGUGGUGCUGAUCGGGGAGUCAGGAGUGGGGAAGACCAACCUGCUGUCCCGAUUCACACGCAACGAGUUCAGCCACGACAGCCGAACCACCAUCGGGGUGGAGUUCUCCACGCGCACGGUCAUGCUGGGCACCGCUGCCGUCAAGGCUCAGAUCUGGGACACGGCCGGCCUGGAGCGCUACCGAGCCAUCACCUCCGCGUACUAUCGGGGUGCGGUGGGGGCCCUACUAGUGUUUGACCUGACCAAGCACCAGACCUAUGCUGUGGUGGAGCGCUGGCUGAAGGAGCUCUAUGACCACGCCGAGGCCACCAUCGUCGUCAUGCUCGUGGGCAACAAGAGUGACCUCAGCCAGGCCCGGGAGGUGCCCACUGAAGAGGCCCGGAUGUUUGCUGAAAACAAUGGAUUGCUGUUUCUGGAGACGUCAGCCCUGGAUUCCACCAAUGUCGAGCUGGCCUUUGAGACCGUCCUCAAAGAGAUCUUCGCAAAAGUCUCCAAGCAGAGGCAGAACAGCACCCGGUCCAGCGCCAUCACCCUGGGCAGCACCCAGGCUGGGCAGGAGCCGGGCCCGGGUGAGAAGAGGGCCUGCUGCCUCAGCCUCUGACCUUGGCUCACACCAACCCUGACCCCAUGGCCUUCUGGCACCCCCUCCCACCCAGCUCGGGGACCCGUCCCUGCCCUGUGGCUUCAGAUGUCAGGGCGGCUUCCCUGUUCCCAGCCCCACAGACCACAGGGCUUUGAGAUCAUCACGGUCCCCCCAACUCCCCGGGGUCUCUAUUACCUGUUCCCUCCCCCCGCCACACACUUGGUCUUCCAAUAAAACUGUGUUUUGUACCAA